AUGUUUUAAUCAUAUAUAAUUAAUCGAAAAUUGAAAACAGAGUUCAGUAAAGUCACUCAAACUGUGAGAAUAACAAAGGAGCUACAAAGGUCAAAUGAACAUAAGAAUUAUUCUUUUGAAUAUCCUAGUACCUACGAUUAACUUCCUAAAAAACUUAGAUGUCAAUCAACUUAUUCAAAACUAUGUGGCUUUAGAUCUCAUAAAUACUAAUUAUUUCAUGAUAUUAUUUCUGAAUUUGCAGAACACAAAAAGCAAAGAUUAGCUAAUGUUAUCAUAUAAAAUCUAAGUAAUCACUCUUGUAUCAAAGAUAAACAGAAAAAUCUAACCUACCAUCCCAAGGUUCAGCUCGUAACAUAUUCUCAAAGAAUGGACCUAAUUUAAAUCAUAAUUACAGUUAAUUUAUGAAAAAAGUCAAAGAUUUCAAAAUCUCUGAAUAGAAUGUCGUCACUUAAACUCCAUAGUAUUCAUAUAUACAUAUUAAUUAAGUUCAAUAUAAGAAAAUAUGACACUUACAAGAUAACCUUCACUUGAAUAGGUCCUUGACACCAAGUAAACUAUUACUUUAAGUUGUUCAAGAAAACAAAGUCCAAAAAUGCUGUUCAGUAUUACACUACUUAAUUUUUAGAACCUUAAUAAUUUAUAUUAAAAUCAAAGUUCAAAAAAAACAAUGCACUUGAGAAAAUUUUGACUGAAGCCAGAAACCAAAUCAAAACAUCGUAAUCUCCCAGAUCUGUACACAUAAGUUAACACAAAAAGACUAAAUCUCAACCAAUUAAUGUUUAUACUGAACAAAAUAAACUCUUAUAAAGAGUCAUACUAAAAACUAAGCUGAAUUAAUGA